UUAAUUUGGGUGCUUCCCUAAUUUUUGGGGCUCAACUUUUCUGCUUCAACUCCAACAGUAGCACCUAAUUUUGGACCCCAAACCUAUUCUAGAGAGAAUGACAGAAGGAACCUACUCGUCAUUGUAUUUUUCUUCUUCCUCUUUCUUCUUUCUUUGGACAGGGACACAAUUACAGCAUCGAGCCGGUUAGCGUAGGGUGUUAUGCACAUGCAAGGGAAGAGAGAGAGGGAGCGUGAGUUGGGGCUAGGACACGCGAUGGAGGAUGGGGGCUGUCCUGUUGGGCCAACAGGAAUGAGGUCUGGAGGAGAAAUAUGGGUGCCCAGCCAAAUAUGGGGUCUGGAGUAGGGGCUCUGCUGGAAUAAUGUUUUUAGCCUGUGCACCUAUAUUUAGGUGUUGGGGCUUGAGUAGGGGCCCUACUGGAGAGUUGCUCUUAGAAAAAGAGUCGACCAAUCAAUCAAAGUCCAUUCUCAUUCAAUGAACAGUUAACUCCAUUUGCUACUAAUAAUAAUUUAAUAUAAAUAGCUCCGUUCUCAUCCAUUACACAAUCGGACGUGCUUAUGACAACUUAUAAUAUGCUUGGGUUUUGGUUUUGGAAUUACUCGGCAAUUUCUGCAGCAUUACAUGAGCGGUUCUCUGUCAUACUGUAGAUGGCACCGCGUAACGCCAUUGACGACGACUGCAGCUCAGGGUCGAGUCAAGUCAACGUCUCAUGGCGCCUCAUACACGAUGGCUGCAUCCUUGGUCCGGAGCUUGUCAUUGCCUACUUUAUCUGAUGAGUCCUCUGACUGUCCCAAACAUCAAGCAGGCACCCAGAUCCGCGCUCUCCCACUCCAGUGUCCAGUCCAUUCCCUCCCUCCCUCCCUCCCGCACCCACCAAUCUCUAGAGCUUUACCACUACGGCCUACGGGGCUCCGGCGGUUCAGCCUACAGGAGACCAGCAAGGCAGCAAUUGCGACGUCCCCGCGCAGGUUCAUCCAAGAACUGAACUAAUGGCAGAAGCACUGCUAUCUGCUCUCUCGAAAAUUGGUACCGUUUUAGGAGAUGAAGUCAUCAAAUUCGUCAUUGCUGAAGCAUCUAAAAAGGCAACUAAUCUUAGGGAGCUACCAAAAAAUAUAAGGCACAUUGAGAGAGAAUUGAAUAUGAUGAGAAAUGUCAUACGAGAUUUGGAUACCACAAAUCUCAGCAUCAAUGUGGUCAAGGGUUGGAUCGGGGAGCUGAGAAAGGUGGCCUUCCAUGUGGAAGAUGUAAUGGACAAAUACUCAUAUAACGCUUUUAAGCUGCAGGAAGAAGGAUCGCUGAUGUGGUUCAUCAAAGGAGCACAUAAUGCCAAAAUUUUCAGUGAUAUUGCUGAUGAGGUGGUUCGUAUAAAGGGUGAGAUUGAGCAAGUAAAACAACUGCAGAAGAACUAUUUCCCUGCUCUCCAAGUUCCAGCAGGCCCUGUAAUUGUUCGACAUGGAUCCCAAACCUUCUUGCCAGAGCUUAUUCAAGAUGAAGAUCUCGUGGGGAUUGCACUGAAUCAAGCAAAGCUGAUUGGAUGGCUUCAUAGCAAUGAACCAAACAACACAGUGAUAACGGUGUCGGGUAUGGGUGGAUUGGGAAAAACCACUCUAGUCAUGAAUGUUUAUGAGCGUAUGAAGAGCGAAUUCCCUGUUAGUGCCCGGAUCACAGUGUCACAGACCUACACAAUAGAUGGUUUGCUGAGAGAACUACUCAGAGAGAUUGGGAAGGACACAUAUAAGCAAUCAGGUACCAUCGAAAGUAUGGAUGCCUACAAGCUGAGAGAAGAAAUUAAGAAUGUCCUAGGUACCAGAAAAUGUUUGUUUGUCUUGGAUGAUGUUUGGAACAAGGAGGUGUACCAUCAAAUGAUGGAAGACAUUUUCAAUACUCUUCGAGCAAGCCGUAUCAUCAUCACAACACGGAGAGAAGACGUUGCAUCUCUUGCAUCUUCGGGAUGCCAUCUUCAGCUCCAGCCUUUGGGAAGUUCCUAUGCACUCGACCUCUUUUGUAGAAGAGCCUUUAAUAACACAGCUGACCGAAAGUGCCCCCAAGAGCUUGAGGAUGUGGCUGUUUCCAUAGUAGAAAGGUGUAAGGGCCUGCCAUUGGCAAUUAUAUCUAUGGGCAGCCUCAUGUCCUCCAAGAAACCAACUAAACAUGCCUGGAAUCAAAUGUAUAAUCAGUUCCGGGUUGAGCUAGCAAAACCAGACAAUGUGCAGACAAUUUUGAAGCUUAGCUACAACGAUUUACCAGGGAACCUCAGAAACUGUUUCCUAUACUGCAGCCUAUUUCCUGAAGAUUUCAUCAUGUCAAGAGAGAGCCUUGUCAGGCAGUGGGUUGCUGAAGGAUUUGCAGUGACCAACGAAAACAACACACUGGAGGAUGUGGCUGAACUAAUUCUGGUGGAGCUCAUUACUAGGAACUUGCUGCAAGUUGAAGAGUAUGAUGAGCUUGGUAGGGUGAACACAUGUAAGAUGCAUGACAUUGUGCGUGACCUGGCUCUUUCAAUAGCUAGAGAUGAAAAGUUUGGCUCUGCAAGCGAUCAGGCUGCAGUGAUAAAUAUGGACCGGGAAGUGCGCCGACUAUCAUUGUGUGGAUGGAAUGGCAGUGAUGCACCAAGACUGAAAUUUCCACACCUUCGCACUCUAUUUUCACUUGAUGGUGUCACAUCGACUCGCAUGCUAGCCUCAAUCUUUUCUGAGUCAAGCUACCUUACUGUUCUUGAGCUACAAGAUUCUGAGAUAACUGAAGUGCCACAAUCUAUAGGGAAUCUGUUUAAUCUACGUUACAUUGGCUUGCGGCGGACAGAAGUCAAGUCACUCCCGGAGUGUAUUGAGAAGCUAUCCAACCUAGAGACACUGGACAUCAAGCAAACAAAAAUAGAGAAGCUACCAAGAGGCAUAGUCAAGGUCAAGAAGCUGCGGCAUCUGUUAGCUGACAGAGUGGUGGAUGAGAAGCAGAAAGAUUUCCGGUACUUCACAGGGGUACAGCCACCCAAGGAUCUCUCUAACUUGGUGGAACUUCAGACUCUGGAGACUGUGGAAGCAACAAAUGACUUGGCAGGCCAACUGGACAACCUCAGAAAACUAAAAAGUGUGUGGGUUUGCAAAGUUACUGCCAUCCAUUGUGCAGAUCUUUUUUCUGCAGUAUCUAAGCUGCCACUUCUUGCCUGUUUGCUUCUUAAUGCAAGUGAUGAGGAGCAGACACUGCACUUGGAAACUCUCAACCCACAGUCCAAGCAGUUCCACAGGUUGAUCGUCAGGGGCCGCUGGGCUGCCGGAACACUGCAGUGCCCAAUAUUUCAAGGCCAUGGGAAAAACCUCAAGUAUCUAGCUCUAAGUUGGUCUGGUCUUCAUGAAGACCCGCUACUGCUUAUUGCUCCACAUGUACCAAACCUCACCUAUCUGAGUCUUAACAGGGUGAGCAGCACAGAGACAAUGGUUAUUUCUGAAGGGUCCUUUCCACAGCUGAAGACACUAAUACUGAAGAACAUGCUCAAUGUCAACCAGUUGACAGUUGGGAAGGAUGCUCUCCCAAAUAUUGAAGGUUUAUAUCUUGUGGCGCUACCGAAACUGAAUAAGGUUCCUCAAGGAUUUGAAUCCCUUGUGUCUUUAAGGAAGCUGUGGUUACUGUCUCUGCAUAAGGAUUUCAAAUUCCUUUGGGAGCUAAGUAGAAUGCACCAGAAGAUGCCACAUGUGGUGGAGGUUCGCGUCGAGUGAUCGCCUGCUUCUUCAUGCAACAAUACUUUUGAAUAUUUAUGCGUAUAGUCCUUUGUCUUUGAUUCUUCCAGUAGAUCUGCAAUUCUGAAUGAUUUUGUGGCUUGUGUUUUUCUUUUCAAUAAGUCCGGAAGAAACAGAUCUCCUCACCAAGAAUGUGCCUGAUAGUUGUGUUGUGUGUAUGCCAUGUUAUUGUGGUUUCUUUGUAGUUUGAACUUCUUCAUAGUGAACGGGUGACGACUCAAGAACAGUCCUUUUUUUUAUCA